AUGGGUUUACAAGGGUUGUUACAGAAGGUGUCAUUUCAGAAUGAUAUUGGAACAUCUUCUUCUGAAAGUAACAAGAAUGUUGAGUCACCAGUCCCUUAUAACAAACCUAUCAUCAUCCAUGCACCCCCUAGUCAAUCUUCUAAGAAACCAGUCAUAGCCCCUGUUCCUCCUUAUAUACCUUUUCCACAAAGGUUGAGGAAUCAGAAAGAGGAGUUGCAAUUCAAAAAGUUUCUUGACGUGUUCAAACAGCUACAUAUCAACAUCCCAUUGGUUGAAGCUAUUGAACAAAUUUCAAGUUAUGCAAAAUUCCUCAAGGACAUUUUGAGCAAGAAGAAGAAACUGAACGAAUUUGAGACUGUGGUUCUAACAGAAGGUUGUAUCGCCCUCCUUUCAAAUAAAAUUCCCUCUAAACUCAAAGAUCCCGGGAGUUUCACAAUUCCCUGUUCAAUAGGUGAGAAAAAAUUUGGAAAGGAUUUAUGUGAUUUAGGUGCCAACAUUAACCUCAUGCCCUUGUCAGUAUUCAAUACCUUAGGCAUAGGUGAGGCUAGACCAACCACAGUUACCCUUCAGUUAGUAGAAAAAUCCAUAGCUCACCCAAAAGGAAAAAUUGAGGAUGUACUAGUCCAAGUGGAUAAAUUCAUUUUUCCCGCUGACUUCAUCAUUCUUGAUUUUGAGGCUGAUAAAGAGAUUCCAAUCAUCCUAGGAAGACCAUUCUUAGCAACCGGUAGGACUUUGAUUGAUGUUCAGAAAGGAGAAUUGACUAUGAGAGUGAAUGAUCAGGAUGUCACUUUUAAUGUUUUCAAAUCCAUGAAAUACCCUGAUGAAAAAGAUGAGUGUUCUAACUUGAGUGUCAUUGAGUCCUUGUGCCACAAAGAAGGAGUUAAAUCUAUGUUAGACUUAAGCAAGACUGAAGUUGUUGAGGAGAUAAAACAUGGAGAGGAAAGUGAGAUCACCCUAUUGCAAGACACCUUUGCUUUUGAGCUAUUGGAAAGAGAGUGGAAAAACCCAUGCCACAUCUAUUGA